GUAUAAAGUAGUAUACUCACCCUCAUAUGAAAUCACCUUGGAAAGAGUACUCUAGUGUCUCACAGACUCAGUCAUGAUAAGCACACCGAACGUUACAGGAAUCGCAGUUAUCACAGUUGCUCUUGCUGUCGUAUGUUACGGCAAGGGUGUUUAUCCACGCAGCUUUUGGAAGUUCCUGCGACAGAAAACAGCCCUUGUGGCUGGCAGAGGACUACCAGACUUUGCUCGGUUGACAGGCUUCCCUCAUCCAAAGCCAGUACACGAUUUUAACAUUGCUCACGCUCGUCCUCGUCCAUACCGGCCUUUCAGAUGGGAAUACCACCAGAACAUGUCCCUCAAGAAGUUGGAACCAGACUAUUGGCUGGAGCUAGAGAGCACAUAUCGCGAUCGCAUUAAGCAACGGCGACAAAUCUAUGCCCUCCAUGGCAAAUGCGUCAUAGAUGAGCUGCCCGGUAGCGAAGCAGCUUCAAAGGAGUUGAUGCAAAUGGUUAUUCAGUACCUCUGCAUGAGGUACCCCCAACAGUUUGAGUUUGAUGAGUGGACUUUGACGUUCCGCAACCACAUCAUCGGCUCGACGGCUGACAUUUCAACGGUGCAUCCACUGGUUUUCUUACUUGAGAAUGUCCCGGAGGACUUCCUCAUCACCCAGGAAGACCCCGAUACUGGGCUCUACACCUUACGAGCUGCCGUCUCAACAUCAGCAGUUGGCUGGAAUAUUGGUCAGAAGAUGGGCAAACCACUGCAUGAAAUUCAUGGCCCAGUUCCCGAUUAUAAGGAGAAGAUGGCGUUCUCAAUGGACAGGUACUUUUCUAAGAUGCCUUGUGACAAGCCCAUUCAGCGAGCGUCAUGGGGCCUUGAAGUCGGGGAGCCUCUCUAUCUCCAGACGGAUGAACCAGAGUGGAGUCAUCGUCACCAUCAGAAUCCAGACCUCCCUCUCACCGACAUUCACAUGCGAGUCGAUUGGCAAACAUUACGCCGCCUGCCAAAUUCCCGCGCCAUCGUGUUCAACUUCAAGGCCUUAUUCACGCCGGUGACAGAUUUCCGCGAGGAACCAUUCAUUCCAAAGUUGCUUUUGAAGAUUUUGCUCGAAGGCAAGAAGCCUAUCAUGGAGUACAAAGGAACAUGGUCCGUCGAGCACAAAGUUAUACCUGCAUUACGAGAGUGGGCAAAGGAGCAAGAGGACAAGGGAUGGGUCCCAAAAGAUUGGCAGGAGAGGACAUUGAACGAGGACCCCUUUUAUCCCGGGUGGGAGAAGCAUUACCCGAUUCCUACCUAACAGCCGCAGAUCAGAUCG